AACGGAGAUUUUAUUCGUGAUUUUUUGUUUAAAUAAGUAUAGUUUUACCUUGGCUACUCAAUGAAUCAAAACCUUGUAACCAAUAAGAUAAUACUAACAAUUUAUGUAUUGCAUUUCGUUGGAUCUCUUUUUAAGGCCAAGAUCCUUUAGCCCAUCCCUAUCUUAUCUGAACUAAUACACCCGGCUCACAUGUUUUUAAAAAUUUCCGAUAGAAAAUCGAUGACCAUGGUAAAGGGCUUAUUUACGCUAGUGUGGAGUCAUGGGGUUAUUGGCCUAUCCUUGUUUUAUAUAUAGGUUCAGCUAGGCAACGCAUGGACAAAUGUAGGUUCUUGGCUAGGUCUUCGGUAUGCGUUUGGUAGUCUAGGUAUUUCAGUAUUUCUAAGCCUAUCGAAGGGGUGGGAUUUGCUUCGACACGACUCUGAGAAGGAGUCUCACCAUUUUGACCAUUUCAAGAAUUUAUAAUAGAUUUUGACUUUGUUUUUCAAUUGAUCAUGCUGGGCAAUUCUGGGAAAUAAGAUUCGGGUGGGGAAGUGAACCCAGCGUAACACGUCAUUGGAGUAAUCGGGUUAUUGAAUCACGCGAUAGGUAACCAUACGCAGUGUAACAAGGCUUUAAGAGAAACUUGGAAAUUCGGAACCGGGGUCGUCUCUUGGUGUUUUUGAUUGAUUGAUUGAUCAUUUGACAGAAAAAGUAUAUUUCCCUUUUCACAGGGCGGCUCAAAAAUUGCGCGUGCGUCGAGGAUUGCCCACUCGGACUGUUAGUUGGUAUUUAUGGUGUAUUUUGGUGUAUUUGGAAAAAGUAGAAACGGUAUAAAAUACGCCACACUGAUGAAAAUGGAUCUACGCCAGAAACUUGUGGAGGCGGAAUCUAGAGCGGAGCAGCGGGAAGAGCAACGCCAGGCGCACUUGCAGCUCAUCCGAGAGCUGCACCACCAGCUGGGCAUUCAAGUGGGCGUGGCGGUGGAGCGCUUGCAGCAGUUAAUUGUGGAGGUACGAGCGAGUGGGCACCUCGACCUGUUGCGCCUCUGGCUUCUGUGGCUCAACGAGCUAGUCCUGGCCAGAAGGAUAAUCCUGGUGAGGUCCCACCUGCUGGUGAACGAGUUAAUGGCGGAAGGACAGCAAGAACCGUCCGCCGAGGCCUUCAAUUUGUUACUGACCCUGCUCAAAACGACGCCCCAGGAGAAGCUGGCUGAAUUCUGGCCAAGAUUGAGCGCAGCCCAAGCAGAACAUAUAGACGCAGCCUUGCUGCUUUUGGAGUGCCAGGAACUUGUGCUGGAGUCCCUUGUAGAGGAGUCUAAGGAGGAAAGUGGGUAUAGUUGGAACCUGGGAAACUCCCUUAUACACUUGCACUUUGAGGGCUAUUGGCUGACCGCCAAGGAGGAGCAGAUGCCUCUGCUAUUGGCGCGCAGCUUGCAGCUGCUCCAGAAGCUGGUAACCAGGCAACCCGACUUCGCGACUCAGAGGCUUCCGGAAGUGAUGGGCCUUGUGCAGUGCUACCUACAGUACGGAGCUGAAGGCGAAUCACAAAUUAAGCCCCAAAAAAUACCACCCGCCCAGCAGUCGGUUGCAUACGGCCAGGAGAAGGACGAGUCGGAGCAGCCGCCUAUUCAACACUCUCGCUCCUGCGGUCGAAAGAACAAGGUGCGAAAGAUGCGAUCGUUGGCCAAGCAACGAAACCAGGAAGUCAGUAAACCCCCAGAGGCGAAUUCGCGAGAUCGUGUUCUGCUGAUGGGUAACCAGAACUACGGAUGCCUGACUGGAGACUCGGCCGAGAAUUGCCUGCCCUCCGAUUCGGAUCAGCAGACAGAAGCAAGGCACCUCCGGCAACAGCAGGCCAGGGUGAGAAUCUCCGCUCUCCACUUGCUGGGAGCCCUGACUAACCAAUUGCCUCGACGCUCGCUGUAUGGCUACUGGCACGUCCUGUUCCCGAACGGAGACUCGGGUGACAGUCGUCACCUCCUACUAAUCGGUUUAAAGGACUCCAAUUCCCGUUGCCGGGCCUUGGCCUUGCAGCUUGGUUCCCAGUUGCUUUACGGAUCGAAGGUGUUCCUCAGCCAGGCCUGCUCGCGUGGACCCAGCAACUUUACGCCUUUCGCUGUCAGCCUGGGCAACUCCGUGUUCGCCGCAUAUCGCGCAUUGAGCGCCAUCCUGGAGCGGGAGUAUACGCCGCCCGUGCUAACACAGUGCCUGAAGUGCCUGGCCGUUUUGGUACAAGCCACGCCCUUCGACCAACUUGAAAUGGGAUUUGUCUACGAGUUUGUGGGCCAUGUUAAGAAGCUGACCAAGAGCGCCGACCCUCAGGUAGCCGUAUCCGCUUUGCUGGUCAUGGAAAUGCUGGUGGGCACGGCUAAACUUACGCCGGAAAUUGCCAGCUCGGUGGGACUUGCUCCGAGCCAUAGAAACAUUCAAUUAGAGCAGGCAAACGAGGUCCAGGAAUACCAGGAGCUUUGCGACUCAGAUGCGGAAAUGGAGCUUGAGGAGGAGGAGGAGGAAGGACCGGCGCAGAAAAAUUAUGUGAGUCCCGUGCACGCCGUGUCGCCAUCCAUUCCGCGCAAUUCCUGGCUGCUCAGGCAGGUGCUUCGGUAUUUGGAGGGUCCCGGAACUCCUACUACCGUGCGCCUUGAGUCUUUUCAGGUGCUUCAGGCCAUGGCCACGCAUAUUGGCUUGCUGCGAGGACAUCAGGCCCGUUUGGCUAGGGUAAUCUCCGCCGGAUUGUGUGAUUCAGCUUCGGAUGUAAAGCUGUUUGCCGCACGCUGCCUGGACUCGGUGGGGUACCAGCUGGGAAGACUGUUUCCGGAGCCGUAUGAAAGGGAGUUACAGAUAUCCUUUUGGCUAACCCUGCUGCCCGCCAUCUAUGGAGCCUAUAAUAACGCCGGGUUCUCCCUGAAAUGCGCACUCUGCGACGCCCUGUCCAACAUGGGAGCUUUUAGCUUUGAGAGACUGUCAGAUGGUCAAAGGACCGCGCUCCUAGCCUUCCUGAGCGGAUGCGCUAGCGAUGACCACGAAGAAGGGUUGGUCAGGGGAGCAGCUCUGCGGGCAAUGGCCGUCUACGUGCUGCAACCAUCGUUGAAGACAGAUCUAGGAUUUCUGGAUAAUGCAGCAGAGUUGACCUUGCGUAUCAUAGGCGACUCCCAGCUGGUCGUGAGGAUCAAAGCCGCCUGGGCGCUUGGCAACAUUAGUGACGCCUUGGUGACCGGCAUUCCCAACUCGACGGAAAGGAUUUCCGCUGAACUCUUGGGACGCCUCAUCCAGGCGGCUAUGAAAAGCUGCGGUGAUAAUGACAAGGUUAGGGCCAAUGCGGUGCGAGCUCUGGGGAAUCUCCUCCAGUUCCUGCAGCUCCAGCCAUUGGAGAACGGUGACCAGAUGCAGCUGGCCAUGUCUAAGCUGCUGGACUGCGUAAGAUCCUCGGGCAACGCCAAAGUAAAGUGGAACGCCUGCCAUGCCAUCGGCAACCUAGUAAAGCACAGGACCUUCCUUGCGAACAGCCACCUGGCUGGGAUCCUAUUUCCUGCCCUGAGUCAACUCGUGGUGCAGCACACCAACUUCAAGGUGCGUACCAACGCCGCCGGAGUGCUGCUUCAGGUUGUGCAUCGUGAAGAUCUGGGUUCCCACUUUUCGCUGGUGUGGCGCUCCCUUCUGGAGGGACUGGAGCGCUCCAAUGCGCUGGACAGCUUCGAAGAGUACAAUCACCGAGAUGCUCUGCAGCAGCAGCUCUGUCUGGCCAUUUCACACCUGUUGACGCUGGCAAUGAGCUCGGAUCUGCCGGCGAUGCGGGAGUCGCUCGAGGAGGACCGACUGGAGCAGGUUCGGGCUACGUGGCGGCGCGUGGCAUAUCGCAUUGUUCCCGAGCAGUCGGCACCGCUCUUCACCUGCAGUCCUCUGCUGGAGCAGCGUCUCCAGGCCGAGGUGACCACACAACAGCGUUGCGCCAUGUUCUUCAUCACGAGCACACUACGGCUGGACCCGUAGAAACACCCAACCAUCACGUAACCCCGUUGGCAUCCAUAAAUAAAAUUGAUUUACAUUUUUUCAUUUA